AUGCGGGUUGGGAGCUCCGAAUCUAAUCCCAAGAACGAAGUAUCUGUUUCGUUUGCGCUUAUAAAGAUUCAGCUGCCGAGUGAUAGUGAGUGGAUGUUUCCCUUGUCUUGUCGCAAUAGUGAGCAGCUGGGUCCCACUGGUUGUACUAAUAUUGACUCCAGUCUUGAACUAGGAGCAAAUGAGAAUCCAAUGAACAGUUAUGUUUUGAAAAAUCCAUUCCCCACGACGGCAAAGAAAAAUAUUUCCAGGUCUCAGAUUUCAGAUGAAGCAGACAAGAAAGACCAAACCCGAAGAAGAAAGAAGAAUAGGAAGGAACAUUCAACAAGAAUGAUAGAAAGAAAAAAUGGAGUUGAAACAAAGAAAGCAGACUAA